UGUUCGGCGGCAGGAGGAGUAACGGAGUGAACGGAGCUUUGAUUCAGCUGUUGUGGCCGAAGAUGGCGGCUUGUAGACGUGUUCAGCCGCUGCUGCUCCUCAUGUCUGUCUGCCUGCUCACCGUAGAAGCUCUUAAACCUCCUCCGGGAUUCGGGAAUGUUCUUCCACCGGCGGUCGCCAUGCACCAGCAGCUCAAAGCCGCGAUACUGAACCCCGGGAAUAACGCUGCCGCUGCCGCCGCCGCCGCAGCUGCAGCUGCCGCCGCCGCCGCGUCCUCCGGUUCUCAGACCAGGAGAUCCAGCAGCUGGAAACUGGCUGAAGAGCAGGCCUGCCGGGACGACGUGACCCGUCUGUGUCCGAAACACACCUGGACAAACAACCUGUCUGUGCUGGAAUGCCUGCAGGACAAGAAGGAGGACACAGAGAUUGCUUCAGACUGCAACCACCUGUUAUGGAACUACAAGCUAAACUUGACCACAGAUCCGAAGUUUGAGUCUGUGGCGCUGGAAGUGUGUACAAGCACUAUGUUAGAGCUGAAAGAGUGUGCAGAUGAGGAGCGAGGGAAAGGAUAUCUGAUGUCCUGCCUGGUGGACCACCGUUCCAACAUCACGGAGCGCCAGUGUCACCAGUACAUCACCAAAAUGACCAGCAUCGUCUUCAGCGACUACCGCCUCAUCUGUGGCUUCUUGGAUAAAUGCAGAGAAGAUAUCGACACUCUGCAGUGUGGAAGCAUCAGCGUUGGGGAAAAAGACCUGCAUUCCCAGGGUGAUGUGAUUGCUUGUCUGGAAAGAGCUCUGGUCAGAGAGACUGAGCAGCAGGACAAGGCUCAUCAAAUCAAAGACCAAUGCAAAAAGUCAAUCAUGAGAGUGGCCGAACUGUCAGCAGACGACUUCCACCUCGACCGAUACCUCUACUUCUCCUGCCGAGAGGACCGCGAGCGCUUCUGUGAAAAUACCCAAGUGGGAGAGGGCAGAGUGUACAAAUGCCUGUUCAACCAUAAAUUUGAGGAAGCAAUGUCAGAAAAGUGCAGAAACGCCCUGACCACUCGGCAGAAGCUCAUUGCACAAGAUUAUAAGGUCAGUUACUCCCUCGCGAAGGCUUGCAAGGCCGACCUGCGCAAAUACCGCUGUAAUCCAGACACCAACAUGCCUCGCGCUCGAGAGGCCCGACUGUCAUACCUGCUGCUCUGCCUGGAGUCGGCUGUUCACAGAGGCCGUACAGUGAGCGGUGACUGUCAGGCAGAGAUGCUGGACUACAGACGGAUGCUGAUGGAGGAUUUCUCUCUGAGUCCGGAGAUUGUGUUACACUGUCGAGGAGAGAUCGAGGCUCACUGUUCAGGCCUUCACCGCAAGGGCCGAACGCUGCACUGCCUGAUGAGGGUCGCCCGUGGGGACACAGGCAAGGGCACGGUGGACAACCUCUGCCAGACCGCUCUUCAGACGCUCAUCCAGUCAGCAGACCCUGGCGCUGAUUAUCGCAUCGAUCGAGCUUUAAAUGAAGCCUGCGAAUCUGUGAUCCAGACGGCCUGCAAACACAUCCGGAACGGAGACCCAAUGAUCCUGUCUUGUUUAAUGGAACACCUUUACACUGAGAAGAUGGUGCAGGACUGUGAACACCGGCUGCUGGAGCUACAGUACUUCAUUUCAAGAGACUGGAAGCUUGAUCCUAUCUUAUACCGUAAAUGUCAGAAUGACGCGUCCAGGCUUUGCUACACACCGGGCUGGAAUGAGAGCAGUGAGCUCAUGCCUCCUGGUGCUGUGUUUUCCUGUCUGUACCGCCACGCUUACCGCACAGAAGAGCAGGGCAGAAGGCUGACAAGGGACUGUAAGGUGGAGGUUCAGAGGAUUCUUCACCAGAGAGCUCUGGAUGUGAAGCUGGACCCUGAGCUACAGAAACGCUGCAUGACUGACCUGGGCAAAUGGUGCAGCGAGAAGACUGACACAGGACAGGAGCUGGAGUGUCUUCAGGAUCAUCUGGAUGACCUGCUGUUGGCUUGCAGAGAUGUGGUGGGCAACCUGACCGAACUGGAGUCUGAGGACAUUCAGAUUGACGCCCUGCUAAUUCGAGCCUGUGAACCCGUCAUCCAGAACCACUGCCACGAUGUGGCUGAUAAUCAGAUUGACACUGGGAAUCUUCUGGAGUGCCUGGUGCAGAAUAAACAUCAGAGGGAAAUGAAUGAAAAAUGUGCUGUCGGCGUCACUCAUUUCCAGCUGGUUCAGAUGAAGGACUUCCGCUUCUCCUACAAGUUCAAAAUGGCCUGCAAGGAGGACGUACUCAAACUCUGCGCCAACAUUAAGAAGAAGGCGGAUGUGGUCAUCUGUUUGAGCACCACCGUCAGGAACGACACGCUUCAGGAUUUAAAAGAUCAGCGCGUUUCUCUGAAAUGUCGGAAACAGCUGAGGGUGGAGGAGCUGGAGAUGUCAGAGGACAUUCGACUGGAGCCUGAGCUGCAUGACGCUUGUAAGAAGGACAUCAACAAGCUUUGUUCCUCUGUCCCAUAUGGAAAUGCUCAGAUCACUGAGUGUCUCAAAGAGAACAAGAAGCAGUUGUCCCAGGUCUGUCAUCACAAGAUCUUUAAGCUUCAGGAAACUGAAAUGAUGGACCCGGAGCUGGACUAUCAGCUCAUGAGAGUUUGCAAACAGAUGAUCAAGCGCUUUUGCACCGAGUCAGAUGCUAAGAACGUGCUGCAGUGUCUAAAACUGAACAAGAACAGCGAGCUGAUGGAUCCCAAGUGUAAACAGAUGAUCACCAAAAGACAGAUCACGCAGAACACAGACUACAGGUUGAACCCGGUGUUGAGAAAGGCUUGUAAGCCUGACAUUCCCAAGUUUUGUCAGAGUAUUCUCAAUAAAGCCACCGACGCCAGUGAACUGGAGGGUCAAGUCAUAUCCUGCCUCAAACUCAAGUAUGCAGACCAGCGGUUAUCAACAAACUGUGAGGAUCAGAUCCGGGUGAUUCUGCAGGAGUCAGCACUCGACUACCGGCUCGAUCCACAGCUCCAGGCUCACUGCAGCAAUGAGAUCACGAGGCUGUGCGCAGAAGAAGCUGCUGCACAGGAACAGACGGGUCAAGUGGAGGAGUGUCUGAAGAACAACCUACUGAAAAUUAAACAGGAGGAGUGCAAGACGGAGGUGUUAAACAUGCUCAAAGAAAGCAAAGCGGACAUAUUUGUGGAUCCUGUAUUGCACACGGCCUGCGCUCUGGAUCUAAAACACCACUGUGCAGCCAUCAACCCCGGCAGAGGACGGCAAAUGUCGUGUCUGAUGGAGGCUCUGCAGGACAAACAGGUGCGUCUGCAGCCUGAAUGUAAGAGAAGAUUACAGGACCGCAUAGACAUGUGGAGCUACGCAGCCAAGGUGGCACCAGCUGAAGGUUUCUCAGACCUCGCUGUACAGGUCAUGACGUCUCCAUCCAAGAACUACAUCCUGUUGAUGAUUGCUCUGGCGGUCUCCGUCCUAUUCCUCAUUGGGCUUCUCUGCGGCCGAAUCACUAAAAGAGUGACCAGAGAGCUGAAGGACAGGUAGAGCCCAUAGAGAAUCCACACCUCAUUUCCUGUCCUCUUUUCCCCAUAAGACUCUGGGAUCCGUCAGUGGCGCCGUGGACCCUCUGAAUCCCACAUUAAUCCAAAUGGAAAACUCUAGACAUUUCCUUGGACAAGUUCAAGAUUGUUUUUGGGAUAUUAUGCCUUUAUUAAUAUGAUCUUUUUGUUUCGAGAGUGACAGCCUUACUUCUUGACUGUAAUACGGUAAUGUGUCAAUGCAGUAUUUUUGUUGUUGGAUCAUUUUUUUGGUGUCCUUUUUACGAAAUGAGUGGUUAUCGAUGGAGAUUUAAAGGGAUAGUUCACACAAAAAUGUACAAUUCACACUAUUUACUCACCCUCUUUCUUCCGGUAAACCUGAUAGAAGAUAUUUUUACUCAAUUACCUGUUACUGUUUCCAACAAAAAUAUAUUUCUUCAAAAUAUCUUCUUUUUUGUUUGUCAGACAAAAGUAGGUUUGUAAAUGAUGCAUUUUGUGUGAACUGUCCCCUUUAAUCAUUCAGAAGCCAUUUUAUAUUAGUUUUUUGAGUCAUCAGUAGUAUUUUUUUAUCUUAAAUCACAAGGUGGAAUCCACUUUGAAUGAGAUUUCUUUUUUUUUCAUGUGUCUCUGUGAAUGGUUUGGCACUGGAAAGGUAAGAUGGUUCAGUCUGAGAGAUACUGACUCAUGAAAUAUAUUUAUCAGUCAUGUCAAAGACGUUUAUCAUGUAGAAAAACUUGCUAAGAUUAUGAUUAUUUGAAGACCUUUAUCUGUGCUAGAAGGUUAAAGUUCAGGAUGGUUUGAUUAACCAAACUUCUUUGAAGAAAUGUUAUAAUAGUGUACACAUCUUUAAGUGAAUCUCAUGAAAAUCUGUCCAUGCACAAAUAUAUA